UCAGUCCAUGAUACCACCAUGCAGGAUCAUGCAAAUGGUGGCAAGGUGGGGGGUCAACAGAUCUAGUUGUAAUUUCUACCACAGACCUGUCCUAGGGUACUAUGAAGGCUGGUGGAUUGGUUUCGAAAAUAACCCCACAGUUUUGGGGUACGGCUGUUAACCAUUUCCUACUCAUUUUCCUUUUAAAAAAACAUGCAUUAUCCCUCAAAAUAGGCUAAGUCUUUUGUCAAUUUUCGUGCAUCAAACAGAAUUAUCACUAAACACCGCCUAUUGAAAUUGAAAGUACAUGAUCUGAGCUACCUUUUCAUGCCUUUUGUUUUGCCCCAGGUACAUUUUAAUGACAGGUACAGUACGUCCCAAAAACAAUGCAAUCUCAAAUUUCAGUAAAAAGGCAAUUUUAACUCUCCUUUAGCUCCAACACUGCAGUUUUUUAGGUGAUGCCACUUCCAGGUAAGGAAGUCAGAAUGCUGUUUUUUAAUUUGCAAAAGAAAAAAAUCCGGCCGCCCUUACGGUUUUCCGGUGAGGGGGUCGAGUCGCGCCCUUCUCACUGGUGCCCAUUUUUUGCCCAUUCCCUCAGAAAACUGACGAAAUACACAUGCUUUCCAAAUAAAAUUACAUUUUUAGAUGUUAGUGAACCCCCCUCUCCCUUGCCCCUCCCACACACUCCCUCAAACAACCUAGAGGCCUUUAUUACCCCUGUGGAGGCUUAGCGGUCUUGGCGGAAACGAUCACCAGCAACGACAACAACAACAACAGUUACAGUUACAAUGCAUUGUGUACAUGCACGUGUACAUUGUGUGAUAGUCAAUUGAAAAUGGAACCUGAAAAAUCACAGUUGAAAUGUGGAUUUGCUGUCAUAUCCAAGGAUAUCGAGUGUGGUACUGACGCUUCAUACCCCAAUGACAAGAGUGUGAUCCCCUUGAAACAAUGUAAGAAGGACGUGCACUCCCAUUUGAUGCGUUGGAUGUCCUCCAGGAAAGCCAGUCAAGUCAAAAGUGAAUGGGAGCUCAUAGCACUUUGUGAUGGCGUGUUUGAUAUGAGUUCUCCAGUUCUGGACACCACAAUAUGCCCGAACCACCGAUACAAGUUGAGUUUAUCAUGGAAUCAGCAAAGGAGAUGCCAGCACCCACUUCAUCAACCCUCUAAAACAAGUCGAAAGCCCAGAAAAGAUGGUGGUUCAGUUCAUCGAGUGAUGUCUCGGGAAAUAUACAUCAAGUGGGGAGUUUUUGUCCCAGUUGGCUCAGCUCUGUGUAAAGGAUGUGAGGCUAAACAUCGAGUAUCUGUGGCAAAUGUAGAACGAGAAGUAGAACCAGCACCCAUGGAUACAGAGUCCGCUGUUGCCUCUUCCUCUGUUCAACCAGCCGACGCCUUAGAAAACCCAGCAGACGGGACAGAAGGGCAAAUUUGAUGGGUAAUGUUGUUGCAACAGUAUCAUAAGGACUGCUGGUCAAGCACUCUUGAGCUGGGAGAGAGAAAUGAUAAGAGGGUGGAGACAGAUUUUCUGAAAUGUUGGUCUUUGAGUCAUGACUGGGCAGAAUUAGCCCAGUGAAAGUUGUCAGCUACACAUCAAGAAUUCUUGAUUUAGAAUGAAAGGGUACGACUUU